AUGGAUGAAUACAUUACGGUAAUUAAGUAUUAAUAGUGUAGUAGAAUUACAGAGAAUUAGAGAAACUAAUAGAUGGAAUUCCUGUUCCAGAUAUUACAGUAUCUUCCAUGUCUUAAUAAUCUGAUCGAAUGACACCUUAAUCAAAGAAAAAAUAAUCUCUAACUAGGGAACAAGUGCAACGCAUUUUAAGAAGAACAACCGAGUAGGCUUAAAUCCCCAUUAACAAAUAGAAGGUCUUUACUAUGCAGACCUUUAAUUGUAAAGAGAAUUCAAAUGAUGAAUAAAUGCUUAAAUUGAUGAAGUAAAAGGAAGGGAAAAGUAAUUCAGAACUUUAGAUAUUGUAACACUAAAUUAAAGAAUAGUAAAAAGUUAUAGAGCAAUAAAUACAUUAGAUUGGAUAAAUAAAUAUUGAAAUUGAAUAUUUGACAAAUGAAUUAUAGGAUAAUCAAGAGAAAAGAUAAACUGAUGCUAAAAAAGUCUUACAAUUAUAAUAAAUUAAUGAUUAGUAACAAAAAAUCAUUGAAGAUUUACGUAUUGAGUUAUCAGUGGCUAAAAGAGUUAGUUCAUAAUAAUAAAAUAAGGAAUAAGAUUCUAUGAAUUAGAUUAGCUUAUUGAAAUCAAAAAUCAAUAGUUUAGAAUCAGAAAUUAAUAGAACUAGGACAACUUUUACACUUACAUCUCCUAAAAAUGAGACUAUGCAGACAGAUGUAUUUUCAAAUAGAAUUGAUCCAGAAUUAUUAAGUGAAGAAGAGACUUUAAGUGUCUUGCUCAGUUUAUUAGGUAGGGUUUCAAAGAGUUAAAGAAUGUCAUAUUUAUUAAAUAAAAAUGCAGAUUUCAAAUUUUUAAUCAGAUGUAAACGAAGUCAACCAAGUGUGAACAAAAUCUCAAUUCUAUAAAAUAGUAAAUCUUUGUGUGAUAGAAAAUUAUCAUACAACCAUGAAAAUUUCAAACAGAUAGUUAAAAAUGUGGGAAUCAAAAACCAAUGA